CUCUGUAGAAUCGGGAGUGGCCGCCAGUGCGCGCCACUUUUCGCCUCUUCUGGAACAGCGCCCGCGCACAGAGAGUCUUGCCAGUCUUCCCAGCGCGGCCGCUGCCCCCAGCCCACGCAGGAUAAUGGCGACAGCUGAGGUAUUGAAUAUUGGUAAAAAACUCUAUGAGGGUAAAACAAAAGAAGUCUAUGAAUUGCCAGAUAGUCCAGGAAAAGUCCUCCUGCAGUCCAAGGACCAGAUAACAGCAGGAAAUGCAGCCAGAAAGAAUCACCUGGAAGGAAAAGCUGCAAUCUCAAAUAAAACUACCAGUUGUAUUUUUCAGUUGUUAAAGGAAGCAGGUAUCAAAACUGCUUUCACCAGAAAAUGUGGGGAGACAGCUUUCAUUGCACCUAAGUGUGAAAUGAUUCCAAUUGAAUGGGUUUGUAGAAGAGUAGCAACUGGUUCUUUUCUCAAAAGGAAUCCUGGUGUCAAGGAGGGAUAUAAGUUUUACCCACCUAAAGUGGAACUGUUUUUCAAGGAUGAUGCCAAUAACGAUCCACAGUGGUCUGAGGAACAGCUAAUUGCUGCAAAAUUUUGCUUUGCUGGACUUGUUAUAGGCCAGACUGAAGUAGAUAUCAUGAGUCAUGCUACACAGGCUAUUUUUGAAAUACUGGAGAAAUCCUGGUUGCCCCAGAACUGUACGCUGGUUGAUAUGAAGAUUGAAUUUGGUGUUGAUGUAACCACCAAAGAAAUUGUUCUUGCUGAUGUUAUUGAUAAUGAUUCCUGGAGACUCUGGCCAUCAGGAGAUCGAAGCCAACAGAAGGAUAAACAGUCCUAUCGUGACCUCAAGGAAGUAACUCCCGAAGCGCUCCAGAUGGUGAAGAAAAAUUUUGAGUGGGUUGCAGAAAGAGUGGAGUUGCUUCUGAAAUCAGAAAGUCAGUGCAGAGUUGUAAUAUUGAUGGGCUCAACUUCUGAUCUCAGUCACUGUGAAAAAAUCAAGAAGGCUUGUGGAAAUUUUGGCAUUCCAUGUGAACUUCGGGUAACAUCUGCCCAUAAAGGACCAGAUGAAACUCUGAGGAUUAAAGCAGAGUAUGAAGGGGAUGGCAUUCCUACUGUAUUUGUGGCAGUGGCAGGCAGAAGCAAUGGUUUAGGACCAGUGAUGUCUGGUAACACUGCAUACCCAGUUAUCAGCUGCCCUCCACUCACUCCAGACUGGGGAGCUCAGGAUGUGUGGUCUUCUCUUCGACUACCCAGUGGUCUUGGCUGUUCAACCAUACUUUCUCCGGAAGGAUCAGCUCAGUUUGCUGCUCAGAUAUUUGGAUUAAACAACCAUUUGGUAUGGGCUAAACUGCGAGCAAGUAUAUUGAACACAUGGAUUUCCUUGAAGCAGGCUGACAAGAAAAUCCAAGAGGGCAAUUUAUAAAACAUCAUUGCCUUUUUUUUUUUGAGAAAAACUACAUUUCUUGUUUAGUUUCAGAAAAAAAUCAAGAUGAAAAGUUUUUAAAUCAAUCAAAGAAAACAAUAAAAUUUACUAGUGAAUAAA